GUCAGGUCCGCUCCGCUCCGUCCUUCCAGGAGGGGGCCCCCAGACACAGGGUUCUGAAUGGUCUAACGUUACCUUCACUGACGCGCACGCUUGGCCUUGUCCUGUUUUUCCAGGUCCCGGGCUAUUAUUUAGACCUCGGUUGCCCGAAGCGGGGGAAAGUGCGGGUUUUGGAGCUGGAGCCAGCUGGCCCCCCCGCGCUCGGAGCCCCGCAGGUGAUCCCAGGCGGCGCCUCCCGCGGUCACGUGGCCGGAGGGGCGGCGUGCGACGUGGGAGGCUCAGCGCCGGAUAACCUGGUUUUCCUUAUGGUAACCGCGGCACCUGGCUGAUGAGCAGGGCGUUGAGGCCACCGAGUGAGGCCGGGGCGCAGACCUGGGAAGCAGAGGACGAUGACAUGGCAGAAGGCGACUUAGGGUACGGCCUCGGGAGAAGGCCCGGCGGUAUUUAUGAAGUGCCAGUGUCACACUUGGUCACAUCUAGAAGAAGAUCAGAUGAGACGAACUGUAGCCCUCCCCCGUUUCCCAGGAAGGGGGAAGAAAGAAGUGGUGCUGUUUGUCAGCGUUCCAGGCCUCAAGACACAUACCGUGAAGGGCCCAGGACCCCCCAUCACAGACGACACAGUAGCACUGAUUCUAAUUCGGAAUUGCCAAAUGUAGAGUUAAAGCAACGUCUUGAUGAAACAUUAGAGCUCCGGAGGCCAGAAAUCCAAAAUCAAGCUGUGUGGCCUAGAUGCGCAAAAGCAAAAGAUUUGGGCUUUGAGUUACAAAUGGCACCUGAAUGUGAGGCUCUCAAUUUUUGUCUGUCUGGUCCACUUAUAGAGCCCAUAGGAAUUUCCAACCUCAUUUAUAAGGAGGUAGAAAAUUUAAAAACUGAACUGGAGGCCUCUCAAAGACAACUGGAAGGUAAAGAGGCAGCACUGAAAAUUCUUCAAAGCAUGGCAAUAUUUGGCAAAGCCACAAGUCAUACCCAGGCAGUAUUUCAAAAAACUGUGGAUGAAAAGAGAUCCUUGGAGAAGGAAAUAAAUGCCUUGCAGUGGAAAAUAGAAUUUGAUCAGAAUAGAAUUAAAAAUAUAGAGGAAACUUGGACCCAAAAAUAUGACAGGCUAAACUGUGAAAAUGCAGUCCUCAAAGAGACUUUGAAACUAAAAACAGAAGAAAUUAAAAUGCUGAAGUCUGAAAAUGCAAGCUUGAAUCAACAGUAUUUGGAAGCCCUUGCUAUGCUUGAAAUCAAACAGCAGAAGAUGGUUCAGGAAAACACGUGCGAUGCUAAAAGUGACUUUACAGAGUUUUCAGGCCUUGAGCUUGCGGUCCUUGGAGCCUGCCUUUGUCAUGGUCCUGGAGGGAGCCCCUGUUCCUGUGCCAAAAUGGCGGCGUCUGCUCAGAAAAGGAUUCUUCAGCUCAAACAAGAGCUGGAACUUUUGCAGAAGAGAAAAGAAGAAGCUUACAUAAUGGCAGAUGCAUUCAGAAUUGCAUUUGAGCAACAAUUAAUGAGAAAAAAUGACCAGGCACUAAGAUUGACACAAAUGGAUAAUAAAAUGUGUAAAAAAGAAACAAAAUGGAUAAAUUUGAAGCACCUUAAAGAGGAUGGAUCACUAUCACAGAGGACUAAGAAGACCUUAGGGCAGAAACUGUUGGGUAUGCUCCCUGCAGAAAACAGUUCUAAGAAGACUGAAGACCAGGAUAAUCCUCAGGAAGUCUUUAAGAUGCUAAUAGAUUUGCUGAAUGAUAAAGAAGAAGCUUUGGCUCAUCAGAGAAAAGUUAGCUACAUGCUUGCUCGGGCACUGGAAGACAAAGACAUAGGCUCAAGAGAGAAUAAAGAAGAAAAUCCCAUGAAAGACAAUUUUCCAUUAAAACACCCCAAGCAGAAAACUUCAGAAUUCUCUGUUUUGCAUGAUCCUGUACAUUCAAGUGUUCACAUUUUUAAUUCUGUGGGCUGUGUUUGUUCAAUCCAACACCUUCAUACAGAUAAAAACUAUAGAAGAACUCUGAAAAGAUCUCAUUCUUUGCCACGAAAUAUCAUCUUUUGAAGAUAAACCAGUUGAAAUUAGAACCGAGAACUGUGUAUGUCAAGAGACUUUGAAAAAGGAUUGUGUAAACAUUGCCACAUCUUCAGAAAUUGUAUGUUUUCCGGGUUUCCUAAAUUUUAGGAGGCAGCUUAAAUACUCAAAUGUUUUCUAUAAGAAAUUUUUUAGUAUUCUGUGAUGACAUAUUUAUAAAUUACAUUACUGUAUUUUAUAAAAUCUUCAUUAUUUGCCAACUUCUUAAAAACAAAAAUAUUAUUUUGAGAAAAGCAAAAAAUUAUUUACUAUUUAGAAUGACUAUGGGGAUCUCUGACUGGCUCAAGCAAGAAUAUAAUGUAAAUUAAUGCUCUAAGAAAUAACAAUGCCUACGAGUGAUGGAAUGUUAAUUUUUGAAAUACAUUUAUCAUGUUUUAUUUGUG